AUGUUAUCAUCCAGGGCACGCCGUGUACCCCUGGUUUCAUAUGACAGUCAAACUGAAAGGCCAUUGGUGGUCAGCGUACUUACGCAAUAUCGCCUUCUUAAGUUUGUUGCGGUGAAUGUGGCAGAGACACAAAAGCUACGGAAGCCGCUAAAGGAAAUCAAUCUCGGAACUUAUACCGACAUAGUUACAGCUUCCAUGGAUACCCCUGUGAUUGAUGUUAUACAUAAGUUGGUUGAAAGGAGCAUAUCAAGUGUGCCAAUUGUUAACAGCGAAGGUGUUGUAUACAACGUAUUCGAAGCUGUCGAUGUGAUUACGUUAAUCAAGGGAGGGGUAUAUGAUGACCUCAAUUUAGAGGACUUCCCUGGAAUUUAUACCUGUUCAGUCGAUGAUGGGCUGGAUACCAUUCUUGACACCAUCCGGAGAUCUAGGGUGCAUCGCCUGGUAGUUGUCGAUGACCAGUUCCGUCUCCGAGGAGUCCUUGCUUUAAGUGAUAUCCUUCAUUACCUACUGCUAGAUGAAAAAAAAGAAAAAAGAAAAAAGAAAAAAGAAAAGGAACCAUGUGCAUGUGCAUAUAAUUUGGCGUUUCUUGUUCCUGUUCUUAUGGACUCGUUCAUUUUCUUACUUCUCUUCUUCCUUUUACCUUACUCCUCAAUUGACCAUGGCGGCGUUGGGUUGGGAUUAAUGCAUUACAACGUCAUAUGUGCACUGUCUUCGUUUACCAACGGUUUCAUUUCCACCUUUAAUGGCCCGCAUAUAUAUGUGAUUUUGGCUUCAAGGAAAGCUCCAAAACACACAUGUCUAAUGUUUUGGGGUGGGCAAAAGAGCCCGAAUAAUAAGGCAUUGGGUAAAACGGAGAUUUUCGGCGUUGAUGAUGCAUGA